UAAUUUUUUUUUUGAUCAAUUUAAGAAAACAAUACUUUCUCUCCAUAAGUUUCAUCGCAAAUCAUUCAGCACAUUCGCAAUUCGAUAAAUCAUGAUUCACAGUCUGUUUAUUGUUAAUUCCAGUGGCGACAUAUUUUUGGAGAAACAUUGGCGUAGCGUCAUUUCGCGUUCCGUAUGUGAUUAUUUUUUGGACGCACAACGCGCUUCACCUAACGAUGUGCCACCAGUGAUUCAAACUCCACACUUUUAUUUGAUUACCAUUCAACGUGGAAAUGUAUCAUUAAUUGCGGCAUGUAAGCAGGAAACACAACCGCUGUUUGUAAUAGAGUUCUUACAUCGCAUUGUUGAUACGUUCCAAGAUUACUUUGGCGAAUGCUCCGAAUCUAUAAUCAAAGAGAAUUAUGUUGUCAUUUACGAAUUGCUGGAUGAAAUGCUUGACAAUGGAUUCCCGUUAGCUACUGAAAGUAAUAUAUUAAAAGAACUCAUUAAGCCACCAAAUCUUUUACGCACCCUUACAAAUACAGUUACAGGAAAAUCCAAUGUUAGCGGAACACUGCCCUCUGGUCAACUUAGUGCAAUUCCAUGGCGCCGAUCUGCUGUUAAAUAUACAAACAACGAAGCCUAUUUUGAUGUUAUUGAAGAGGUUGAUGCGAUAAUUGAUAAAUCCGGGCAAACCGUGUUUGCGGAGAUUCAAGGAUAUAUCGAUUGUUGCAUCAAACUCAGUGGAAUGCCUGAUUUAACAUUAUCUUUUGUCAAUCCACGACUCUUCGAUGAUGUUGCUUUCCAUCCUUGUGUUCGCUUCAAGCGAUGGGAAUCCGAACGGACAUUGUCAUUUGUUCCUCCCGACGGAAAUUUCAGAUUGAUGUCCUAUCACAUUGGUUCGCAGAGCGUUGUUGCUAUUCCAAUUUAUGUGCGACACAGUUUAACAUUUAAAACGGGCGAACAACAAGGUAAAUUGGAUAUAACAGUUGGCCCGAAAACCACAUUGGGACGAUCGAUUGAAGGGGUUAAAUUGGAAAUUUGUAUGCCGAAAUCGGUGACAAAUUGUUUGCUCGUGGUGAAUCAAGGCAAAUACUCAUUCGAUACUGUCCAAAAAAUACUGCAUUGGGAAGUUGGCCGUAUUGACCCCACAAAAUUGCCAUACCUUCGUGGAACAGUAUCGGUUGCCAUCGGCAGCACCAAUGAAACGAAUCCAUCGAUCAAUGUUUCAUUUUCCAUUUCACAAUUGGCUGUGUCCGGACUGAAGGUCAAUCGUUUAGAUAUGUACGGUGAAAAAUAUAAACCAUUCAAAGGUGUCAAAUAUGUUACGAAAGCUGGCCGAUUCCAGAUUCGAAUGUAAGGUCUACUCGACUGGACCAAAAAAAAGUCAUUACACAAACUGUUGCGAUUUGCAUCAAGCAACAGUAGAAGCAAAACAACAAAUCAUUUUUAUAUUCCAAUUAUUUACAAACACUUUUUUUUAUAUAUAGCUAUUCCAAUAAUAUUUUAAGAAUUGUGCUACUAUCUUUUCUCAGUCAGAAUGUUGUUUGUAAUCAAAAAGCUAGAAAAAAAAGUAAAAAAAAAGAAAAAUCAAGCGAAAAACAAAUACCGUAUUUAUUCCAUUUUUCCAAUGACAUUUCCAAUGGUUGAAUUCAAGUGUGUUUGUUGGAAGGUUGGUGACGUUUCAUUAUUGCCGCUGUUUGACAGAUCAAUCUGACAGCUCUCAUUUUUUCUUUGUAUCAGCGAAAACAAAUCGAAUAAACUAUAUACAUUCUGACAUAGA